CACGACGGCAGUUCGGCCACGUCCCUGGCCACGUCGCGCCCGCUCCCGCCAUCUUUCGCCGCUUCCUCUCUCAGGGGCUGUCGCCGCGUCCUGAGUCGCUGCCGAGCCUCGGGGCCGCCGCGCCGACCGCCGCCGCCAUGAACAUCUUCCGGCUGACUGGGGACCUGUCCCACUUGGCGGCCAUCGUCAUCCUCCUGCUGAAGAUCUGGAAGACGCGCUCCUGUGCGGGCAUUUCUGGGAAAAGCCAGCUUCUGUUCGCACUGGUCUUCACAACUCGUUACCUGGAUCUUUUUACUUCAUUCAUUUCCCUCUAUAACACAUCUAUGAAGCUCAUCUACAUUGCCUGCUCCUAUGCCACGGUGUAUCUGAUCUACAUGAAAUUUAAGGCCACCUAUGAUGGAAAUCACGAUACCUUCCGAGUGGAGUUUCUGGUGGUUCCCGUGGGAGGCCUCUCAUUUCUAGUCAAUCAUGACUUCUCUCCUCUUGAGAUCUUAUGGACCUUCUCCAUCUACCUGGAGUCCGUGGCCAUCCUUCCACAGCUCUUUAUGAUCAGCAAGACCGGCGAGGCUGAGACCAUCACCACCCACUACCUCUUCUUCCUGGGCCUCUACCGUGCUCUGUACCUCGUCAACUGGAUCUGGCGUUUCUACUUUGAGGGUUUCUUUGAUCUCAUUGCUGUGGUGGCUGGUGUGGUCCAGACCAUUCUCUACUGCGACUUCUUUUACUUAUACAUUACAAAAGUACUCAAGGGAAAGAAGCUCAGUCUGCCAGCGUAAGUGCCAAAGACCACCAGCAGCCUCUGUCCUUCAGGGUGCUCGGACAGGAUCUCACCACAGCGAGGGCGCAGGAUGCUCAGUGCGGAGAAGCAGAGAUGGCUCCUUCUGUCGCAGCCGCUCCCUGUGCCUCUGCAGGGAUGCAGAGGAAGGGACCAGGAGGCUCUGUCCACUGCAUCCUGCCUUAGCUUUUUUAUUACUAUGUACAAAGAGUUUUUUACACAAAGAAACUUAAUGCUGUGUUAAUAAAUUCAAUGUGUAGAUGAAUUGGGGCAGUUCCAAAAGUGACAGUUUUGUACAGAAUAAGUACAAGCCUUUUUUAUUUUUUGAAAAUUCGUUGAGAUGGUCGCUUCUUUGUGUCUACAAUGAAAUUAUACUCAACACUUGGUAGAUUAUUCAAACAUCUGUCAAAUUUCCAUGCUAUUUAUUUCAUUUUUUUGCCAAAAGAUGAGUUGUGUUUGAAAUCUGAGACACUGUGUUCCAUUGGUGUUUCUGUUCAAAUCAGUCCUCAUUGCCCUGAAAAUCCUUCCCCAGAUGUCAAAACACUACACUUCAGGUCCACGAGAGUGGCUGGCAAGGCCUAGACUUUUCAUUAUCAACACAUCAGGUUCCCAGUGGAAACAGCGUCGGCUGAUGCUCACCAAACACUCACCCUUCAUCCCUGCCAAGACGUGGCAGCUUGAGUUUGUCCAGAAGGUGUGGAGAGCCCACCACACCCAGAGGUUCUGAGCCUCCUGCCUUCUGAAUACGGAGAGUGGAGGAGGGUGAUGGCUAUUUGGACAAGCACUCUGCUCCUCUGAGGACAGGACACAAAUGGCUACCUGUCGCUGUCAGUCACAAAUUCCAAGGAUCACUUCAACCAUGUCAGAUUCAAAUAUUUCCAUUUGUGCUUUUGGUGAUAAAAUGAUUGACAAUCUUUUUAAUUGGCAACACCAAUUGUCAUUCCUUAACACUUUUUAGGUUUGUUUUCUUAAACUGGGCUCUUGCAUGACCUACCUUGUGUUAACAUCCUAAAUAAACAUUUUAUUAAACA